GUAAUGUCAACAUGCAGCCGGCCAGCGGGUGAUCAAAUGGUGCUGUGACUGUGCUAUAAUAAUUAUUUUCUUCCUGACUUUCAUACCGCCUGUGAUUUUAUUAUUGUGCUUUGUUUUAGAAAACUUUAUGUAGAGAGUUUACAAACAAAUAAUUCCAAAAAUGGGAGAAUUCCAGAGAGGGGAUUCAGAUUAAACUUUAUAAAAUAAAUCAUAAUAUAUUUAUCAUUAAUAAACAAACAUAAACUUCGCAAGAAGUGAUCUGAACUUCUCUAAGAUCUUGACAAAAGAUGACAGCAGUAGAGAGUAGUGACGUGCCCCACUUAGAAGUUGAGAAAGCGGAGCACACAAGCACCGCGGCAGAGUUAUCAGCCGCUCAGCGUGCUCGCAUCGAGCGAAACCGUCUGCGGGCACGCCAGCUGCGAGACGCGCGUCUCGUGGCCCGACCCAAUAACCGGGAGCCUAUUACUGCACCCAUCGCGGCUACAGACAGUGGUGGUGGCUUUAUACCCGAAGUAGAGGAGUCGAGUCUGCCAGUGCGAGCAGUCCCACCGCCUGCGCCCAUCGUAGACCCAACAGAAAGACCGCAAUGCCUCGAAUGUGACCAGCUGUUUCCCGAAUCCUAUCUCUUCGACACGUUUGGAUACAAUGUGUGCGAUGAGUGCAGGGACGACGAUGGUGCCCAUGCCUUAAUCACACGCACCGAGGCGAAGAACUCAUUCCUUCUGAAGGAUUGCGACCUAGACCUGCGGCCCCCGGCUCUGCGCUUUGUGCGGCGCCGCAAUCCGCACGGGUCGCGGCUGGGCGACAUGCGACUGUACCUGCGCGCGCAGGUGGAGGCGCGCGCCAGGCUGGUCUGGGGGUCGGACGAGGCGCUCGAGGAGGAGCGCGCGCGCCGCGAGGAGGCGCGAGUGCGCGCCCGACACACGCAGACAUCGCGGCGACUGCGCGCGCUACGCAUGGACGUGCGCUCCAGUCUAUUCGACAAGUCGCGCGCCCUACACGAGCAUGCUUUUGGCGAGGAAAAGUACGACGAAGCCACCGAUUUAUAUUCACGUUCCUGUGCUUGUGGUCACACCGAAACUUAUGAAAAAAUGUAAAAAUGGAAUGGAUGAGAGUGUGUAAAUGAGCUCGUUUUUUUCUUUUUAUAUUUGAAUUCUUC